AGUCUCCGUGCGGCUGUCUCUCUCUUUCUCUCUUUUUUUAUCUUCCUCUCUCUUUUUCUCUCUCACCUCUCCUUCCGCGCUGAUAAGGUGCGGGACAAGCUCGGGAAAAGGCGCUCUUAUCCCUCGAUCGCGAUGAAGGCAUAGUCGAUGCGCGACGGCCACCGCGACGACGACAGUGACGACGACGAUACCUUUCCGCGUGGAUUUCCCGUGAUCGAGACGAGACACUUGGGUAUACUUAUUACCGCGAGUUGAGAAGGUUCCUUCCGGCGCGAGAACGAAGUCGACGGUUCGACCUCGGCGAACUUACCGGUCUUUCCUCGCGACGCACGUAGAUCCUAGCUGAUGGUGAUGACGAGAAGCGUCCCGGCCUGUUUGCUGAUGCUACUGUUCUCAUUGGCGUCUCUGAGCGACGUUAACGCGUACCCAUCGGACUUUCUCGAGGACAGGGAUGAGCAACAGCUCGGAAACUCGUGGCCGUUCUUCGGCCAGCUAACGGAAGAGAACGACCUCGCAUCCCGACGGGAAGAAGCUCUGCAGAAGAUACAAGAGGUCCUCGGAAUUCGGAGUCAAAGCGAGAACUUGGUUCGUCGCAAAGUGCCGCCGCAAUUCAUGGUGGAGCUUUACAAUACCAUCGCUGACCCGAGCGGGGUCACGCGGAAUCCUUACGAUGCCAAGGUCGUUCGCAGCUUCAUCGAACGGGACAGUUCCCUGUCGCACUUCUACUUCUUUAAUAUCUCGGGUCUGGAGGUGAGCGAGUCGGUGUUGGAGGCCGAGCUGCAUCUAUACCGGAAGAAAAUGCCUCUGAGGAACAUGCGCUCGACGACGCUUACGUCGCCUUAUUAUCUGAUAAGAGUGUACCAAGUCUUGGACGAUCGCAGCCUCGACGUGCCGGAUCUUCAUAAGCUAUUGAGCGUUCGUUGCGUCAGUGCACACGCUUCCGGUUGGCAGGUGUUUAACGUAAAGCAAGCGGUUCUCGGGUGGGUGAGCGGAGAGCUAAACCUGGGUUUCCUCGUGACGGCGUCGACCUUGUUCGAGGAGGAGGUGGCAGUAGAGUUUUCGCGUCGGAGUGACUACCACAGUCACAAUAAGCAACCGAUAUUGGUGCUCUUCGACGACGACAAUGGCGAUCGCAGCCAAGCCGGAAUAACGAAUGUUGCGCCUCGCUAUUACGCCUACGGCAACCAAGAGGACGAUCAACAGGCGGAAGAUAUCGAGAAGGACGCGAAAGGCGAGAACCUGGAGAAGAGCUACGUGGAGCAUUAUCGACGACACAAACGACAACGGGGUCAGCCGGAGGAAGCGCAACUGGAGAACAGACGCGAGCUGGAGUUCUUCCAGAGGCAGAAGAGAAGGCACGGCGAAGAAGAAGACGAACCGUGUCUCCCACAGGAAGCCGGAACGUUGGAGGUGAGCAGCGGACGUCGUCGUCGCGACGCCGCGUCGUCCAAGAAACGCUCGAUCGUGUCGUCGAGGGAUACGAGGAAGACCACGAGGAUCCUUAGAUCGAUGGACAUCUACGAGAGGGCGACGUUUCGCGAGAGGCUCGGCCAAACGGCGCGCGACCGCUCGAUGAGGCGGUCGACAGCGCGAGAACGUCGAUUGACACGCUCGACCACGAGCGGUCAAGACGAGCGGAACAGCACGAGCGGCGAGUGUGCCAGACACGAGCUCUACGUAGACUUCCGCGACAUCGGUUUGUCCUCUUCCAUCAUCGCGCCGGCCGGCUAUUCCGCUUAUCACUGUAAGGGCGUCUGCGAGCCGCCGCUUCGGCAAGACCAACGGCCGACGAAUCACGCGACGAUACAAGCGAUCGUGCACAAGAUGGGUCUGGUGAAGGGCGUCGAGAGACCCUGCUGUGUACCGACCCAGUUGCUGAGCACCAGCAUCCUCUUCUACGACGGCAACGAGAACGUCGUGCUGAAAAGGUAUGAGGACAUGAUCGCGGAUCGCUGCGGAUGCCGUUGAUGGAAUCGGCACCUCCCUCGGAACUGUUACUGCUCUCCAACGACUUUUCGCGCAUGACGGUUCGGGGAUCAUCGAAUCUCCCCGGGAACAGCGUCGGUAAUCGCGCUCAAUUAACCCUUUUAACAGCCAACGUUUCAUUUCUGCGGUCAAUCUGCUACUUCCGGCGAUAUUCAAUCGUUCGUAGAACUUUUCUCAAUUUUGUUGGAAGUCAAAUUGUUGACACGAUUAGGACGAUUCCCAGGUAGAACGAAACGGUAGUUACGAUAACGUUCUUGUUGAAAAUUUCCGGAUAGAUUACCAUCCAAGGGAAUUCAUGUGAAUCCAUGUAGAAUAUUAGAAAUGUAUGUACAUGGUGCAUGAAAAUUCAUAUUGGAAUCCACAUUGUUUACCUAUGAUCUGGUUUUUGGCGCAAAUCCCCGGGGACAACUAUGGGAUUCCAUUUCCUAUAUGAAUUCUCACUUGGUUUUUUCAACGGAGGUCAAGUCGAUUAUUUCUUAAUUUUUCCGACGUCAUUUUCUGUCCUGAUAUUAUGGGAUUCCUCUGGCAUUUCUCGUAUUAUAAUUGCUUAGGUCGUUAAUGGGUUAAUGUUGUCAGCGCUCUUCGUCAUUCCCGGAGAUCCAGCCCGACGACGAUCCUUAAUCAAUGCCGUACGCAGCUACUUUGUACAUAAGAACAUUCCCAAGUGCGCGUAGUAUCACACGUAUUAACGAAUAUGUGUCUAUAUUAGUAUACCGUUAAGUCAUAGUGCCGUUAAAUUAUUGCUAUAAUCGUAAACGAGGAAUUAGUUGAAUGUCCAACUGUGUAUAUACGAUACGCUCGGCGGUGACGCAUUUCGCGUCGCCGCCGUGCCACGAUUUAUUUAUAGCCGAGACGCAAAAGAAAUAAAUGAUAUUUAAGUGAUAGCACGCGAUCGUGAUCGAUGUUAUUCGCCCGUUACUCCCCCAUAGCAGUGUAAGAAAAGGCCCGGCGAGAAAAAGGAGGAGCGCACCCAACGUGUUUUCGAGGUAUCCCGAUUUAAUCCCCGGAUACCCAUUGUUGCGUUUUUUUUAUUGUUCCGUCGUUGCGCGAUGCCUUUUCUCAACGACGACGUCGACGAUGACGCAAAUAAAAGCACGCGAUAUCGCGGCUUGUUUUCGAGAAAAAUCAAAAUUUACAGACGCGCCUGUAAAAGCGGCAGGUGACAGUAACAGCGGGUGCGACGA